CAGGGUGACAGAGCAGUUCAGAGGCGUUCUCUCCGGCGUUGCUGCUUCGCACGCUGUUUGUUUUGGAUUGGCCGGGCGACGGAAUAGUUUCAAAGGUCAGAGCGGAUUCCUGCACGCCACGCUGGAGUCAGCAGUGCAGAGAGGUCCAGAGGAGCGACCGCACACACCACUGCCAGGCUGCCUUCUGCUUUCCCUGGGUCCACUCCGCUCCCUCCACCCCCUUCCCCCCUCCCGGCUCGCGGGGGAACAGGAAUGGGACGUCUCCCGGCUGGAACUCCAGUCUGACCAGACCGGGGGAUGGAUCGAGCCAGUCACCAGGGCUGACUGGAACAUUUCGCUCUGGAAGCAGGAGCAGAGCAGAAACAGCUGCUUCUGUGGUAGAGUGAGAGGAGCGGGAGAGGCCUGGUUAAGGCUACAGACGUCGGCUGUUUGAGAAGCCAGGAACCGCGCGUGCGGGACUGACAGGGUUUUCCGAGGGCGGUAUGCGUGACUGACGGUCAUGGGGAACGUGUGCGGGUGCGUUCGGAGCCCCAGGGAGGAGUGCUACCUGGACCCUUCCAAGGCUCCACUCAGCCUGGAGCCCAGGAGCCCACGGGAACCGCGCGGACGCCGCUACUUCCAGAGGAGGAAGAAGAGGAAGUCCGGUGACCUCCUGCCCACAGACUCUUUGAGGAGCCAGGGCGGGGACAGCGUUCGGACCGGGAGCGAAACGUGGAGUACCGAACACGGGGGCGAUGCGGGUGAGGCCCAGCCCAGGCCUGGGGGCACCCCGGACAGGGGGGUGUACGUGGGGAAAGUGCCCGUCUCGUCCUCCUCGGCCUCGGCGUCCAGUCCUCGAGGUGUUCGGAGGCGCUCGGACGCUCGUCCGAAGGACAGGAACGGGAGCUGGUCCCCCACACAGCACGGGCUUCACGGCGUGACAAAAGCCUCAAAGUACGUGGCCCCGAAAGAGAACCUUCUGGAGCGGCGGCUCCUCCGCUUGCGCAUCCGGCGGGUGGUGAGCUUCGGGGCGGUGGAGCACAGACUCCGGACAGUGCGGGGGGACGAGGGGUCGAGCCGCAGGUACCCCCGAUUUUUCAGGGUGCGGAGGAGAGGAAGCACAGGGGAUGUUUCGCGAGAGAAAACGACGGGUAUCCCCAACACCGUCUGGACGACACGAGUCAGCAGCAAGGAAAACGGACCACCAGCUAGCUCUGGAGACUCCAUGCCCCAGAAUACCUUGGGGAAGCAUUAUUCAGGACAAAGUAAUGAGAUUUCGGACAUCCACGUUACGGGCGAGUCGGAGGACAUGACGGCCAAGGAGAGGCUCCUGCUCUGGUCCCAGCAGAUGACCGAGGGCUACACUGGCGUUCGCUGCGACAACUUCACAUCCUCCUGGAGGGACGGAAGGCUGUUCAACGCCAUCAUCCACAAAUACAGGCCGGACCUGGUGGAUAUGGGCAGAGUCUCGGUUCAGAGCAGCCGGUCGAACCUGGAGCAGGCCUUUGGCGUGGCGGAGCAGCUGGGCGUGGCCAGACUGCUGGACCCUGAAGAUGUGGACGUCCAGUCUCCAGACGAGAAGUCGGUCAUCACAUAUGUUUCCACGCUGUAUGAUGUCUUCCCCAAAGUGCCAGAGGGCGUGGAAGGAAUCAACGCAAAUGAUGUGGAUAUCAAGUGGGUGGAGUAUCAGAAUAUGGUAAAUUACCUCAGCCAAUGGAUCAAGCACCAUGUAGCAGUCAUGUCUGACAGAAACUUUCCCAGCAACCCUGCGGAACUCAAGGCACUUUAUACGCAGUAUUUACAGUUCAAGGAGAAUGAAAUCCCAGCGAAAGAAAACGAGAAGACCAAAAUCAAGCAUCUGUACAAAAUGCUCGAGGUGUGGAUGGAGUUUGGCCGAAUUGAGCUACCACAGGGUUACCACCCCAACGAUGUGGAGAAGGAAUGGGGGAAGCUCAUCAUCAGCAUGCUGGAGAGGGAGAAGAGCCUGAGGCCGGAGGUGGACAGGCUAGAGAUGUUGCAGCAGCUCGCCAGCAGGGUCCAACGCGACUGCGUCCUUGGGGAGGAGAAAUUAGCGCUCACACGGGGUGCCCUGCAGGCUGAUACAAAAAGACUGGAGUCAGGGAUUCAGUUCCAGCAUGAAACUGAAAUUGCGGGAUACCUGUUGGAAUGUGAGACCAUCUUACGGCAGCUGGUGGUAGAUAUCCAAACUCUGAUGGACGGGAAAUUCCACACGGACCAGCUGGUUCAGAAGAUCUCCAAACUCCGUGACGACCUCAUGAUCACCCGCAGUGACUGCUCCUCGGUCUACAACCAGGGCCAGACGCUAACCAACGAGCAGACCAAGAUGAUGAUCUCCGGAAUCUCACAGAGCCUGAAUUCGGGCUUCUCCUCAAACCUCAACUCGGGGCUCUCUCCCGCCCUCACGGCGGGCCUGACGGGCGGAGGCCUGGCAUCCUCUGGCACCGGGGUCUUCUCUUCCGGCCUGCCCCCGUCCCUCACCACCGUCUUGCCCCCCUCGCUGCAGCCGGGAAGCCUGCAGGCCUACAUCGGGUGCGGGGUGGGGGCCGGCGGGGCCGUGGACCCCGGGGCCCUGCAGCAGCUGAAGCUCAUGCAGAUACGCAAGCCCCUGCUCAAAUCCGCCAUGGUGGAUUCCAACAUGAGCGUGGAAGACGUCAACAUGAACUUCGUGCAGGACCUUCUCAACUGGGUGGAGGAAAUGCAGGUGCAACUAGAUCGUGGAGAGUGGGGUUCAGAUUUGCCAAGUGUGGAAACGCAUUUAGAAAAUCACAAAAGCAUGCACAGGGCCAUCGAAGAGUUCCAGAUGACCCUUAAAGAAGCCAAAAUGGGCGAGAUCCAGAUGACUUCGCAGAAACAAAGCUACUCUGACAAGCUCGCCAACCUGGAGACUGCGUAUGGGAAACUUCUGAACACCUCCAAGACCCGGCAGAAGAACCUGGAGAGCCUCCAUGACCUGGUGUCGAGGGCCACGCAGGAGCUCAUCUGGCUCAAUGAGAAAGAGGAGGAGGAGGUGGCCUUUGACUGGAGCGACCGCAACGGCAACAUUUCAAGGAAAAGGGAUUACCAUGCGGAUCUCAUGAGGGAGCUGGACGACAAGGAGGGAGCCAUCAGGUCUGUGCAGGACAGAGCUGAGCAGCUCCUCGGAGGGAACCAUCCAGCCAGACUGACAAUUGAGGCAUACAGAGCUGCCAUGCAGACCCAGUGGAGCUGGAUUCUGCAGCUGUGCAGCUGCGUGGAGCAGCACCUGAGAGAAAACGCUGUCUAUUUCGAGUUUUUCACUGAUGCCAAAGACGCCCAGGAUUACCUGAAGAGCCUUCAGGAAAUGAUCCAGCGGAAGUACGGCUGCGACCGCUCCAGCAGCCUUCACCGCCUGGAGGACCUGGUCCAGGAAUCCAUGGACGAGAAGGAGGCUCUCCUUCAGUACCGCAGCACUGUGGCGAGCCUGGUGGGCCGGGCCAAGUCCAUCGUCCAGCUGAAGCCCCGCAGCUCUGACCACCCUGUCCGCUCGUCCAUCCCGGUCAAAGCCAUCUGUGACUACCGACAGAUCGAGAUAACCAUCUACAAAGAGGAUGAGUGUGUCCUAGCCAACAACUCCCACAGAGCCAAGUGGAAGGUGAUCAGCCCCUCUGGGAAUGAAGCCAUGGUUCCCUCAGUCUGUUUCACUGUGCCGCCCCCCAACAAGGAGGCCAUGGAGCUGGUCAGCAGGAUUGAACAGUUGUACCAGAACGUUCUGGCCCUGUGGCACCACUCUCACAUCAACAUGAAGAGCGUGGUCUCCUGGCACUACCUGAUGACCGACAUCAAAGCCGUCCGCAAUGCCUCCGUGUCUUCGGUCAAGACUCUGUUGCCAGGUGACCAUCAGCUGCUGAUUGGCAACCUACAGUCUCAUCUCGAGGGCUUCAUGGAGGACAGCGAUGAAUCGGAGGUCUUCUCCAUGUCCGACCGCGCCCAGCUGGAGAGGGAGGUGGAGGCCUGCAAGGAGUACUACGAGGAGCUGCUCCGCACUGCGGAGAGAGAGGAACACGAGGAAUCUAUCUACAACCUCCUCAUCUCUGAGGUGAGGACUUUCCGCAUGCGUCUCGAGGGCUACGAGGAGCGUCUGCUCCGCCAAAUCCGCACCCCUCUGGACCGGGAUGACCUGGAGGAGAGUGUGCGUCGCAUCGUGGAGCAAGAGAUUAUGCAGAAUGAGCUGGACAGGCUGAAGGAGGAUCUGGAGGCUCUGAAGGAGAAGUGUGAAGCGUUUGUCAGCCAGGCCUCAGCCUCCAUACUCGCUCCCACUCUCUCCUCCGAGCUCAGCGUGCUACUCCAUAGCAUGAGCCAGGUGUACUCCAUGUCCUCCGUCUACCUGGAGAAGCUGAAGUCUGUGAGUCUGGUGGUGAGGCACAGCCAGGGAGCAGACACCCUGGUCAAACUGUACGAGGCCAAACUUUGCGAAGAGGACGGCGUGAACGCUGACAACAAGGCUAUCGAGGCAGUCAUGAGCACACUGAAGCUAUGGCGCUCAGAGAUUGAUGAGAACAGGGCGGUCUUCCACGAUCUGGAAGACGAGCUGCAGAAGGCACGGGGCAUCAGUGACCGCAUGUUCAAGACCCACAACGAGCGUGACUUUGACCUGGACUGGCACAAGGAGAAAGCCGACCAGCUGAGCGAGCGAUGGCACAGCGUGCACUCCCAGAUUGAUAGCAGAUUGAGAGAUCUGGAGGGCAUUGGAAAGACCCUGAAGUACUACCGUGAUGCAUAUGGCAGCCUGGACGAGUGGAUCCGUGAGAUGGAGGCCAACCAGCGGUCCAUGCAGGAGAACCAGCCAGAGGACAGCAAGGCCCUCGCUGAGCUCCUCAACCAGCAGAAGGUCCUGGUGUCUGAAAUUGAACAGAAGCAGAGCAGGAUUGAGGAGUGCCAGAAGUACUCAGAGCAGUACUCUGCUGCCGUCAAGGACUACGAGCUGCAGCUGAUGACCUACAUGGCCAUGGUGGACUCGCAGCACAAAUCCCCCAUCAAACGGCGACGAAUGCAGAGCUCCUCUGAUGCCAUCCUGCAGGAAUUUAUGGACCUUCGAACCCGAUACACUGCCCUGGUUACGCUCAUGACGCAGUACGUGAAGUUCGCCAGUGAAACCCUGAAGCGCACAGAGGAGGAAGAGUCCUCCUCUGAUGAAGGGGAUUUCUGCCCUUCAGUGGGAAUGGCCCACGCACUCGAUGGAGCUCAACGCGAUGGGAGGACAGAGAGAGAACACAUGCCAAAAAAUCCCCUCAGAGAAGGGAGGGGAGAAGGACACUUGUCCAGUUGGGAGGUCACUGACGGACUCAUGGCUCCAGCGUUAGACCUGGUUCAGCAGCCGAUGGACUUGCCUUUGAAAAAUCGUAGUCGCUCAAAGGAGGUGAAGAGUACUUAUGCUCUUCCGAUCAAAGCAGGCAUUAAAGAAGCCUGUGACACUUCGGCCUCUUGGCACGCACACUCUCCGCAAAAUGUCCCCCAUGCAAAUACCUCUGCAUCCAGGGAUGAGACAAAUUUGGGGGUGAAUCUUGAGCUGUUUAAUAGCAAAUUCGCUCAAGUAGACAGGCCUGUGCAGGCCUGUGACUGGGUCUUACAGAUAGUUGAAGAUGGAGAUGAGGUUAGUUUAAAUCAGAGAAGUGUAAUUAUUACAGAAAGUGAACAGCUGAAAGAUUGUUGCACAGCUCAUGCUGCUGAGAAAGAUGGCUAUCUUACAGCGCUGAAUCCCAGCACACAGCAAAUUAGGAGAAAUGUACUUGCUCAUGCAGAGAAAGCAUGUAUAGAUGAUGUAACAGAAUUGGUAUACACCGCAACCAGCAGUAGCUUAGCUCCUUAUUCAUCCUGUCCCUUAGGCCUUGAAACCAUAACUGAGGGUGAGGGUGAGCUGAAGUCUGGCCCCCUGGACGUUGUGAUAGAUCCCUUAGUAGGUUCUGCUGUACAUAUGAAUAUUCUUAGCACACAAGUCACUUUCCUUGAAAAGACUGAAAUAAUACAUUUAGUGUCUGACAGUCUGCCUAAGCCUCCUGGUGAUUGGCGUUGUAAGAAAUCAGAGAUAGACCAAUCCCACAUUUCUGAAGGUGAUGCUGGAUGUUCUCACCACACUGAACGUCCCUUGAAACAGUCCAUGAGUCCGUCUGCCAAACCCAAUCCCCACGAGCGGGAGCAUUCUCCGGGGGUCCCUCCUUACUUCACAGAGCGUCCUUCAAAUGUGACAUGUGGAGACGAAGGGUUGGAUGCAUUUCUCUCGGACCCAAAUGUCAGCCCUGAUGCUAAAAUCAAGCAGCUCUUAAGUAGAUUAAAGGCCCUUGAAAAUAAUCAAGAUGAGAAUCGAUUCCCAGAGCACUUACACUUGCCUGCAGACCAGCUGAGACUGGAGAAUUGCCAACAACAAAAGGCUAUCGAAGAGAAAUCUAUAGAGGUGGAGAAGAAAGAGCACGGUGACAAAGUUAGCAAAUUAUUAGGCUGGAUGUCAAGUGUGAAAACGAGCCUAAACAAAGAAGACAAGUGCCUGAGAGAUGGCAAACACACCCCAGAGGCCUCUAGUAAGCCCCAGAUUUCAAUGGAAGAACUUGCGACAAAGAAAGAACAGAUUGCUGAGGCUUUGAGGACAACACAGCUCUUGUUAACUAAACACAGUGACAAGAUGACCGAAAAUGAAAAGCAGGAGACCAAGGAGCAGCUGAAAUCUCUGCAUCAGGCGUACAGUGAACUGACUCAGCAGUGUGCUGAACAGACUCCAACAGCCCAACAGGAGUACCAGACCAUCGAAGGUGUUCUGGAGGUUGGGAAUGGGAAGAUUUACUCGGUGUGCCGCUCUGUUCAGGAUGGGCUCAUAGACCAGACCACCGGUCUCAGUCUCCUGGAAGCCCAGCUGAUCACUUCUGGCCUGAUUUUGCCUGAGUUCAGAAUGUACCUGGAUUUGGAAAAUGCAUUCAAGCACAACCUGGUAGAUGAAUCCACCUACUGGCAGCUACAGGAUCUAAACGAGGCAUACAGGUGCAUGAUGGGUGCGCGCUAUGCCUCUGAACCCCUGCCUGUGAUUGGGGCCGUCAGGGAAGGAGCCAUCUCGGAACACAUGGCGAUGAAGGUGAUUGAGAUUCAGCUGGCAACGGGUGGGCUGAGAUUGACAUACACUGGGGACAUCCUGAACCUAGAAAAGGCGUUCCAGUGUGGUCUGAUCCCAGCCUCGUUGUUCAUUAGGAUCCUGGAGAGACAGGACAACUGGAAGGAUCUGAUUGACCCCAAUACAUCCGAAAAGGUCUCGCUGGUGCAGCUGGUGCAGAGGAGCCUCAUUCAUGAAGAGACAGGGCUCCGGCUGCUGCCAGUGAAGAGGGGACAGGAAGGCACUAUAUCCCUGAAGUCUGGAAGGGAGAUCAGCAUCCUUAGGGCAGUCCAUGAGGGUCUGAUUGACCGGGAGACCAUGUUCCGUCUGCUAGGGACUCAGCUGUUUGCUGGUGGCAUUGUGGACCCUAAAACAGGUCGUAAACUCACGGUUGAAGAAGCCUUGGUGGAGGGCUUGAUUGACCAGGACACUGCCAGUGGGGUGCUGAGCUAUCAGGCACAAAAUGGCGGCAUUGUCAAUCCCCGCAAUGGUGAGAGGCUCACAGUGGAUGAAGCUGUGCAGUGUGAGUUAAUGAGCUCCAGCAGUGCACUCUUAGUGCUGGAAAGACAAAAGGGCUUCAUGGGACUCGUCUGGCCUCAGUCUGGUGAAAUACUGACCGUGACAGCUUCUCUCCAGCAUGAAAUAAUCACCAACCAGUUUGCCUCCAAGCUGUUAAGCAACAGGCAGAAGAUUGCUGCUUUCUACAUACCAGAGAACUCAGAGGUGAUCAACAUUGACUCUGCUGCAAACAAGGGUUUUGUUGACAGAUAUACUGCUGAUGUUUUGAAGACUAUAGAGAUACCAGAUGUGUUCCCUGACAUUGACGAGUUAAACCUUAGGUUUUCCACAUGGCUUUCACUGAGGGAGCUACAGAUUGAAGGAUCGCAUCGAUCUGUGGAAGACACUGGAGUAGAUGAGAAGAGCAUAAAUACUCCAUCACCGACAGAGGCAAAGCAGCUGUUUGUCUCAUAUCUCAUGAUGAACAGCUACAUGGACCCUAAAUCAGGUCAAAGGCUUUUACUUUUUGAUGGACAGUUAAACAAAAUAACACAACUUUUUAUGGAGUGUGUUGAAGAUGCAGGCCAUGAUCCUGAGCACGAUACCUCAUCCUGUGCCACCUUCGCCUUUAGCGACAUACCUCGAAGAGCAGAUGAUGUUGUGAAGGAAGAUAGUGAAAAGCUUAAUCUUGACCCAUGUACAGAGGAUGCAGAACAUCAGCAUCCAAAAGAUGUUGAAAGAGUGCAGGAAGAUCGAUAUGUAAGAUCCAUUCUUUCAGAAGUGAAACAGGUUCACAGCAAAGAAUAUGAAGUGGAAAAGAACAAAGUGCAAUCACAAGCAAGUUGUCAAAUAUCUGGCAAGCGCAAGAGUGGUGAAAAAAAAUCAGUAAGGUUUGACUGCGAAUUAAACAUUCCACCUGAAAUCUCGCUUCAAAAGCACAAAGGCAGAAUCACUCCUACAGAUCAAAUAACAAAAGAUUUUGCAGAUGAAAUGUCAGGUGACUUGACAGAUUCAUAUCUCCUCCCAAAAGAGAAUAACACUGCAAGCCGCCCCACACGGCCAGUAGUGAGAAACUUCAAAUCCCCACCCCUGAACGUGGAGUUAUCCAGUGGUACAGACUCCAACAUGACCUCAGGAGAAAGGGUUUCCAGCAGACUUAAUCCACAGCCUUCUAGUGCACCACAUGACCUCACACGCAUGCAAGACCCCUCCAAAAUCCCAGCCCAGCCAGGGAAAUCGAGAAAAACCAGGACGAACCAUGCAGAAUGCCUGCACCCAGAGGGGCUCUGCUGGGACAGAGGGGAACGGGAAAAUGCAGUCCUCCUCCUGAAAGCCCAGGUGGAAGAAGGUGGUAUCUUGGAUGUGACGUCUGGCAAGCGGUACGAUCUUGAUGCUGCCCUCGAGAAAGGGCUUGUGGACGAAGAGACUGCAUUUGAGGUCCUGGCCUCGCAGUUCCCAGAACAGGCUGUUUCCAGGGAAAUACCCUCUGGCACCAUUUUCACUCUGAGAGAGGCAUCAGCAAUGCGCUCAAUUUCACCUUUGACAGCAAUGCGCAUUAUGGAGAGACAGAACCUCUUGGGGGGGUUUUAUGACUCAGAGUCUGGGAGCACCAUCAGCAUUAGUGAAGCUCUGGACCAGGGUUUCAUCACUGAUGAUUUAGCUGAGAAAGUUCUCAGCUCAGCUCCAGUUCAGGGGGACAUCAUCGGCCCAGAUGGUAGGCCCAUAAAUAGAUAUACUGAAUCUAUAAAUCUACAGCAUUCAGAUGAUGUUACUAACCUGCUAGAAGACCCUGAUGGUCAGGCUGGCGAUGAGCUGCACGACAAGAAGUUGGCAACCAAGAACUUCACAGCUGGUCCAUGUUGUGAACAGCAAACAGGAUCCCAAGGUGUUUGCAGAGAGGAUGAUCUAGGUUUGCUGAGAAACACAACACAGAUAUGCGAGUUAGGCUCCUCUCCAUCUUUAGCCCCCAUUAGCCAAAAAUCUGUAGAUAGACAGACAACUCCCUCCCAUGAUAUAGACAAAGGGCCCAGUUAUAAAGCCAAUUCCUCUGUGCCAGAUAAAGAAUCUAGAAGACAGGGCUUCACUGCUGUGAGUUUGCCGAGUGAAGAUGCUGGUAGACAAGGCCUAACUGACUUGAGCUUAUCUAGUGAAAAUGUUCGUGGAAAAGGCUUCAUUAAUAUGUACUUGUCUGAUGAAUAUCCUGGUAGACAGGCUAUUGUUGAUGUGAGCUCAUCUGCUAAAGAUGCUAAUGGACCAAGUUUCACUGAUGUGAGCUUGUCUGAUAAAGGUGCUGGUCAACAGGCUGCCAUUGAUGUGAGCUUGUCUGGUGAAGAUACUGAAGGGCAAGGUAUUCAUGGGAGCUCAAGUGGUAAACACUCUAGCAGUCAGAGUGCUGCUGAUGACAUGAGCUUGCCUGCUAAAGAUGCCAAUGCACAAAGUUUCACUGAUGUUAGCUUGUCUGACAAAGAUGCUGGUAGACGGCAUAAAGUAGACAAUACCUCUGUGUCAGAUAAAGAGUCUAGAAGGCAGGGCAUCACUAAUGUGAGCUUGCCUGGUGAAGAUGCUCAUAGACAAGACCUAAGUGAUGUUAGCUUGUCUAGUGUGGACUUGUCUGAUGCUGGUAGACAGGCUAGUGCUGACUUGAGCUCAUCUGCUAAGGACACUAAUGGACAAAGUUUCACUGAUGUGAGCUUGUCUGAUAAAAAUGCUGAUAGACAGGCUUUUGUUGAUUUGAGCUUGUCUGUAGAAGAUGCUGGUAAGCAGGGUAUUCACGUGAGCUCAAGUGGUAAACUCUCUAAAGAUUCUAGCAGAAAGAGUGCUGUUGAUGACAUGAGCUUGUCUCCUAAAGAUGCCAAUGGACAAAGUUUCACUGAUCUGAGCUUGUCUGAUAAGGAUGCCGAUAGACAGGUUGUUGGUGUGACCCCAGACAGUAGUCCUGUAAAUACAAUUACCAAAGCUAUAACUCCAAAGCAUUCAGAUGAUGUCACAACUGAGAACCUGCUAGAAGACCAAGCUGUUUCAAGUGGUCAGGCUGACAAUGAGCAGGGUGUCAAGAAGAAGGUGGCAACCAUGGCCUUUGACCUCACAGGUAACCAGCUUGGUGAAGAGCAAGCAGUGGCCCGAGAUGUCUGCAGAGAGAACUAUCUUGGUUUGCUGGGAAACACAAAACUGAAACGUGAGUCUGUAGGCUCCUCUCCAUCUUUAGCUGGCAUUAGCCAAAAAUCUGAUGAUAUACAGAUGGACCCCUUUCAUGACAUGCAGGGAGGGCACAUCAAUAAAGUAGCUAAUUCCUCUGUGUCUGAUGAAGAAUCUAGAAGACAGGGCACCGCUGAUGUGAGCUUUCCUGGUGAAGAUGCUCGUAGACGAAACCUAAAUGAUGUGAGCUUGUCAAGUGUGGACUUGUCUGACGCUGGUAGAAAGGCUAGUGCUGACGUGAGCUCAUCUGCUAAGGACGCUAAUGAACAAAGUGUCACUGAUGUGAGCUUGUCUGAUAAAAAUGCUGAUAGACAGGUUUUUGUUGAUUUGGGCUUGUCUGUAGAAGAUGCUGGUAGGCAGGGUAUUAAUGUGAGCUUAAGUGGCAAAGAUUCUAGCAGAAAGAGUGCUGUUGAUGACAUGAGCUUGUCUGCUAAAGAUGCUAAUGUACAAAGUUUCACUGAUCUGAGCUUGUCUGAUAAGGAUGCCAAUAGACAGGUUGUUGGUGUGACCCCAGACAGUAGUCCUGUAAAUACAAUUACCAAAGCUAUAACUCCAAAGCAUUCAGAUGAUGACACAACUGAGAACCUGCUAGAAGACCAAGCUGUUUCAAGUGGUCAAGCUGACAAUGAGCAGGGUGCCAAGAAGAAGGUGUCAACCAUGGCCUUUGACCUCACAGGUAACCAGCUUGGUGAAGAGCAAGCAGUGACCCAAGAUGUCUGCAGAGAGAACGAUCUUGGUUUGCUGAGAAACACAAAACUGAUAAGUGAGUCUGUAGGCUCCUCUCCAUCUUUAGGUGUCAUUAGCCAAAAAUCUGAUGAUAUACAGAUGGACCCCUUUCAUGACAUUAAAGGGGUGAGUUAUAAAGUAGCCAAUUACUCUGUGUCCGAUAAAGAAUCUAGAAGACAGGGCAUCACUGAUGUGAGCUGGCCCAGUGAAGAUGCUCGUAGACAAGACCUAACUGAUGUUACCUUGUCUAGUGUGGACUUGUCUGAUGCUGGUAGACAGGCUAGUGCUGAUGUGAGCUCAUCUGCUAAGGACUCUAAUGGACAAAGUGUCAGUGAUGUGAGCUUGUCUGAUAAAAAUGCUGAUAGACAGGCUUUUGUUGAUUUGGGCUUGUCUGUAGAAGAUGCUGGUAGGCAGGGUAUUCAUGUGAGCUCAAGUGGCAAAGACUCUAGGGGACAUAGUGUUAUUGAUGAUGUUAGCUUGUCUGCUAAAGAUGCUAAUGGACAAAACUUCACUGUGUGCAUAGCUGAUAAAAACGCUGCUAGACAGGCUUUUGUUGAUGUGAGUUCAUCCAUUGAGGAUGCUGGUAGACAGGAAAUUAAUUUGAGUUCAAGUGUCAGAGAGAACCAGAUAUGUGAGUCAGGCUCCACUCCACCUUUAGCCCCCAUUAGCCUAAAAUCUGAUGACAGACAGAUGGCUCUCUCUCAUGACAUAGAGGGAGGGCCAAGCGAUAAAGUAUCCAGUUCCUCUAUGCCAGAUAAAGAUUCUAAAAGACAAGGCCUAACCGAUGUGAGCUUGUCUAGUGAGCCUGUUAGUAGAAAAGACUACUUCAAUGUGGAAUUGUCUGAUGCUGGUAAACAGGCUACUGUUGAUGCAGGCUCAUCUGCUAAUGAUUCUAAUGGACAAAGUUUAACUUAUGUGAGCUUGUCUGCUAAAGAUGCUAAUGGACAAAACUUGACUAAUAUGUGUGUGCCUGAUGAAGAUUCUAGUAAACAGGCUUUAGUUGAUGUGAGCUUAUCUAAUGAAGAUGCUGGUAGGCAGGGUAUUCAUGUGAGCUCAAUUGGGAAAGACUGUAGCAGACAGACUGUAGUUGAUGGGCCAUUCAGUUCCAUUUGUGAAGACACAUCUGACAAAAGGUCAGAUUUACUUCUCUUGAGCCUCAAAGAUGUUUCCAAAGAAGGAAAUAAACCACUAAGGCAGCCAGAGUCAGAGCCAUUUCCUAGACCAAUCAGUGUAAUUUCAAGUAACAGACAGGCUGCAAUAGCACAUUUAGGGGCUGACCAGAAUGAGAGUCUAGCUCAUAGGGAUUUGAGCACUCCCAACUUGCCAAACAGGGAGAAGAAAACAGAGUGUUGCCCAAAACCAGUUGAUAAGCAUGAUGCACUUAGAGAUGAAUCAGAACCAAGGAUAAAUGCUCUGCUGUCACUGGGUCCUGUCAGCCAAGCAGACUGCCGUGUAACAGGCAAAAAACCAAAUGACCAUCCCGCUGAGACAACUUCUCCAAAGACAAUCAACUUAUUUUCAUCAUCAGAAAAAGCAAUUUCUCAAAAACUAAAGACUGAGGGAGAACGGAGUGGAGCUGGCCUUUCUUUUGAUGCGGCAUUUAGUCUAAAAGGGCAAAAUCUAAAAGAGGACACCUGUCAGGAAGAGAUGUGUCUGACUGGCUCUCUCAAGGAUGAUCAAUCAGAAAGGUACAACACUGGAAAAACACAACUUUCUUUGGGGAAAAAUGUAUUUGAAGAAGGGUCUGUUGAUACAUCAAGUCCAACAUCUGAGCCUCCUUACUCAUUUAUGUCCAGUUUACAUGAAGUGGACGUGGGCUCUACCACUGGCAGCAGACACGAUGGGAGCAGGAGAGAAGAGCCAUCCAUGGAGAACAUUCCACCCAAGUUUGCUCAUGUUACGGUGUGUCAGCAGGGAGAGAAUGUGUGGAAGGAAAGUCCCAGAGGCACUCCACUGGCUUGUGAACAUCUACCAAGUUCACCUGCUGAAACCAGUGAAAUCGGGAUGAACAAAUUGGCUGGUUACAGACCAGAUUCAGGUGGAUUUGACAAGUCAGCUAGUGGGAUCAGCUGGUCAGUCUCUGAAACCAACAAAGCCUCUGAUGUCAUAGUAAGUCAGAAGAACAUUUUGAUGCCACCACCACCAGCUCUUUACACUGCAUUAAGGGGCAGGCUGGACCAGCUAGUUACGAUGAAAGUGGAGGGGGUGCGUGGUGACAACUUGCAGCAAGAGGAAAUGCAAGCCAUAGAGGACAUCAUGUUGAUGGUGCAAAACUUCCCAGAAGAACAGUUCCAGACUCUUGUAAGUGCCCGAGAUGCUGGAACUGCAGUUCAGAAGAAGGAUCUUCCACCCAGACACAUUGACAGCACAAGUCCCGACCUGCUUAUUGACCUGCUAAAACAUGAGGGUCUGCGUUUAGACACAAGGAAACAGCUUGAUGAUCAGGGAGAGGGAGAAGAGCCGUUUGAGGCAAAACAUAUUGAGGAAAACCUACCAGCUGGUGUCCAGCAGAUCCAACAUCAACUGCUGCAGCUUGCUCAAGUUGUCUCCUCCUCUGGUGAUCCUGCCAUACUCAAAGAUGCCCUCCAAAAUCUUUGUGCCAUUCUGGGUAGCACUGCCUUGGAGAACCAGAGCCAGAAGACAAAAGGCGACUCAAUUGCUGCUGCUGAAGGUGGAGGGGUCCCUGGCAUCCACCAGGGCCACUCAGUGGAGUUCACCACCUACCCUCAAACUGAGGAUGCUUACACAGAGAACCAGAACAGUGGUGAAAGCAAAUCCAAGCCACUGUACACCACUCAGAAUUAUCUGGAAUGUAUUGGCCGACUUCAGGAUCAUGCUGAUUUCAUUGAGGAGAUAAAAAAUGACUUGGAGGCCCAGUGCCUUUUAAGCAAUGGCAUUGAGGGCCUGCAGAGCCAGUUGGAGAAAAAUAAGUUGCUUGAGACACAGCUUGUUACCCUGGCUGCCACUCUAACUGCCGACCUUGAUGUGGCGGAGCAGCUGCUGAGAGCUGCUGACGAACACGUUCCCACGCAGAUUUACAGAGACCUGGCAGCGGUUUUUAAAGACCUGCCACUGGCCUUCUCUGACGUUUGCAAUACGUCCACGGAGAAGGGCACCUCCGUAGCGCAGUCCUUAGAAGUUGAAAAGGUGCAUUUAGAGCUGUCCUAUCAAGAACUCUUGGGCUGUCUUCAGAAAAUCAUAGGUUAUGUUCAUGACAGUUCUGAGACUGCCUCCAACCUGGAUAUCACAAACACUGAUGACCUGGACACAGUAAAGUACAGAAUUCAGCAAAAUAAGGAGUUGGAGAAAAGCCUGUCUCACACUCAACACCAGCUGGAGAGCACUGCCUUUGAGGUUCAGUACUUCAUAUCCGAGCACGCCCAGAACCUGAGCCCCAGCCACAGCAAGCAGCUCCUGCUGGCUCUCACUGCCACCCAGAGGGCAUUGAAGGAGCUGACAGAGAAGGUCUCCACCCAGAGGCACACUCUGGAACUGCACCUGCAGCUCAGGGAGGAGCAGAGGCAGCAGAAGAGCGCCGCGGAGAAGCAGAGGGAGUAUUCGGAGAAGCUGCAGGAGCUCUGUGAUAGCCUGACCCAGACGGAGAACCGGCUCAUCGGCCACCAGCAACUGGGCUCCACUGGAGACGGAGUAGCGGAUCUGCAGCAGUACCAGAAGGAGCACCAGGCCUUGCAGAAGGAUGUCCAGGCCAAUGCCAAUGCCCUAACAGAGAUCCUCAGCAGCACCAGGAGGUUCCUGGAGGAGAACCGAAGCAAACUGCUGCCAGAGCAAGUGGCUGCCAUCGAGAGCCAGCUGGAGGAGGCCAAAGCCAAGGCCCGGCUGCUCAGCCAGCGUGCUGAGGAUUCUGGGAAAGAACUGGAGAAAGUGCUGACGACAGCCAUCAAACAGGAAACCGAGAAGGUUGCAGCCGUGGAGCAGCUGGAAGAGAGCAAACACAAGAUAGAAGGUCUGCUGGACUGGAUCUCCAACAUCGGGAAAGAACGAGAGAAGGAGAGCAACCAGACAGACCAGAGCCGGCAGAAUGGGAACGACCCACUGGACACCUCGCCGCAAGGCAACAUGGGAGACCAGGACAACAACAACGGGAACUCACUGCCAACGCUGGACAACAUCUGCUCUGUCGACGGAGAGAGCAAGGACACUCACGAGCUGGACCUGGACGAGCAGUACAACAAGAUCAAGUCACGGCACCAGGAGGUCCUGUCCCAGCAGCAGGAGCUGAUCAUGGCCACGCAGUCCGCCCAGGCCCUGCUGGACCGGCAGGCCCACGCCCUGUCCCCGGGGGAGAAGGACAAGCUGCAGCGGGACAUCCAGGAGCUGCGGGGCCGCUACGACAGCGAGCUGGCGCAGGCCGAGCUGCAGGCCAAGCGCGUGCAGUCGCUGCGGGAGGAGCUGCGCAAGUUCCGCGACGACUGCGGAGAGUUCGAGGCCUGGCUGGGCGAGGGCGAGGCCGAGGCGGGCGACCUGGCCGCCCCCGCGGGGAGGCUGGACGUGCUGGCCGACAGGCUGGAGCGGCAGAGGAGCUUCGCGGAGGACGUGAUCUCGCACAAGGGCGACCUGCGCUUCAUCACCGUGUCGGGGCAGAGGGUGCUGGACGCCGCGCGCGACUGUGGGAAAGGCGACCCCGCCGCCCGGGACCUGCAGAUGGACGUGGACACGUCCGGCGUCUGCGCGGCUGUGAAGGACCGGCUGGACUCUGCGGCUAACCGCUACAAAGCCGUUCAUUCCCAGUGCACCCAGCUGGGCGGGAACCUGAAGGACGUGGUGGAUAAGUACAGGAAGUACCAGGAUGCUGCCGGCGGUCUGCAGACGUGGCUCAGCAGCUCGGAGAGAGAGGCGUCGAGGCAGCAGUCAGAGCCCAUCGCCGCCGAUCCCCCGACGCUCCAGAAACAGCUGGAGGAGGCCAAGGCCCUGCAGGCCGAGACCUCCGGGCGCCAGGCCGCUGUGGACACAUUUCGCAAGAUGGCUGAUGCUCUGAUCACAGCGGAGGGAGAUCUCCUGACCAAUCAGGAUGAGAUCCUGGAGACAGUGGACGACGUGGCGGAGCGGUACGACGGCCUGUCGAAGUCCGUGAGCGAGCGGCACGAGAAACUGCAGGUGACGCUCACGCGGUCGCUGAGCGUGCAGGACGGGCUGGACGAGACGGUGCGCUGGAUGGACGGCGUGGAGGACCGGCUGCGGAGGAAGGACGAGGUCACGCUCACCUCGGCCGCCAUCGGAGACGCGCUCAGCAAGGAGGCGGCUCUGGAGCAGGACAUAUCGAGUCGGCAGAGCAGCAUGGCCGCCAUGAAGGCCAAGCUGAAGACCUUCAUGGAGACGGCGGAGCCCUCGGCCGCCUCCACCCUCCAGGCCAAGAUGGAUGGCCUGUCCCGCCGGUUCGCGGACGCCUCCGCCAAGCACAAGGAGAAAGUGGCGGGGCUGGAACAGCUGAGGGACAAGGUGGAGCUCUUCGAGAAGACCUCUGAGAAGGUGCAGCAGUUCGUGGCCAAGCGCUCGCAGGACCUGUCUGAGACGGAGGGGCCGGGGAAGAACGUCAACGAGCUCUCGCAGCUCAUGCAGGACACCAACGCUGAGCUGUUGGAGAACGCCAAAGACGUGGAGCAGCUGCAGAAGCUCUCCAAAGAGCUGUGUGAGGUGGGCCCAGAGGCCUCCAGGGCCCAGAUACAGGGCAGGACGGACAGCCUGGCCAACAGCUUCAAGACCUUCACAGACACUGUGAAAGAGAAGGAGGAGGAGGUGUCCUCCUGCCAGGACCAGCUGGCGGAGUUUCGGGUGGCUGCGGGCGCCCUCAGGCAGUGGGUGGACGAGACUGCGGAUAAGGUCCCGGUCGUCCCGACUUCCUGCAGCGAGCAGAGCCUGGCCAAGGCCCUGCAGAGAGUCAACACAUUGAUAGAUGAGUGGACUGCCAAAGGAACUGACGUUCAGGACAUUAACACCAAAGGGUCUGCUCUGUGCAGCCUCAUUAGUGUCCUAACCUCUCCCGCCAAAACCAAGGCGCCCCGCAAACCAGGUUCAGCUGUCACGAAUGGCUCAGGUCCUGGAGCUCAUGCCUAUCUAACUAACAAAGAGCUGAUGGUGGUGCAGCAGAACAUGUCGUACAUCAACGAGGGGUACGAGGCCCUGGGGGAACGUCUGAGGGGCCGUGCCGGGGAGCUGGACGGCUCGGCGAGGAAGCUUCGAGAGGCGCGGGAGGAGGCCGGCUCAGUGUCCGGCUGGCUGCGGGACAUGAAGAAGACCCUAGCGUCCUGGGACGCUGUUUCCACGGAGACGGGCUCCAUGAAAACCCAAAUGGAGAAGCAGAAGGCGUUUGAGGAGGACAUGGCCCAGAAGAGCGAUCGGCUGGAGAAGCUGCGGGGGAAGCUGCAGGAGCUCAUAGAGCUGUACCCCGACUCCCCCGAGGCCGUGGGGUGGAAACAGACGCUGGGAGAGAUAGAUAAGGUGUGGAAGGAGGUGCAGGGCUCGGCUGAGGAGAGGAGGUCGCAGCUGGAGAAGUCGUCUCACCACAUGACCCAGUUCCAGACGGCCGAGGCCCAGCUGAGCCAGUGGCUGUCGGAGAAGGAGCUGAUGAUGAGCGUGUUGGGCCCGCUGUCUGUGGACCCCAACAUGCUCAACGCCCAGAAGCAGCAGGUCCAGAUCUUGCAGAAUGAAUUUGACAGCCGGAAGCCGCAGUACGAGCAGAUGAACGAGGCCGCCCGUGCCAUCCUGAGCGAGCCGGGCAAGGGGGACCCGUCCCGUGAGGGUCUGAGGGAGCAGCAGGCGGCCGUGACCAAGAAGUGGGACGGCCUGACGGGGCAGCUGGGCCAGCGGUCCGAGCGCAUCGACCAGGCGUCGGGCAAGACCGCGCGCUUCCAGGGCCUGCUGAAGAGCCUAUCGGACAGCACGGCCGACCUGGAGUCCCGUCUCCUCGGCCAGCAGGCCCUCAGCACCCAGCCCGACGGCGUCAAGAGGCAGCUGGAGGCAGCCAAUGAGGUGUCUGCACAGCUUCGGGAGGAGAGGAAGAAGCUGAAGGAGGCGGAGUCUCUGUGUGCGGAGCUCUCGGCCCUGGUUGAAGAGGAGUACCUGAAGGCUGACCUGUCCCGGCAGCUGGAGACCGUGGCCAAGCCCUUCAAGCAGCUGGAGGGGAAAGCAGGCCAGCGGAUAGAGCAGCUGACCUCAGCCUUUGCCAGCUCCCAGCAGUUCCACCAGAUGUCUAAGGACUUCCAGGAGUGGCUGGAGGAGAGGAGUCAGGAGGCCUCCGUCCCCCGGCCGGUGUGGGCCCGGACGGAGGCCCUUCGGCAGGGCCUGGAGCAGCAGGAGGUCCUCCAGAGGGAGCUGGGCCAGCAGGAGGAGCCGUACAACGCCAUCGUGAGGGAGGGCGAAGCCCUGCUGAGGAGCACCGAGGGGGCGGAGAAGGUGGCUCUCCAGGGCCAGCUCGCCGCCCUGCGCUCCAGCUGGGAGGAGCUGAAGAAGAGCGGGUCGGAGCGUUCGGAGCGGCUGCAGAGCGGCCUGCAGAGGGCGCUGCGCUUCGAGGAGCAGGCCCAGAGGCUGGGGGCCUGGGCCGACCAGUGCCAGGCCAAGGUGGCUGCAGUGGGGCUGAGCGCAGACCCGUCGAGUAUGGAGAUUUCCUCCUCAGAGGCCAAGGCCAUCCAGAGGGAUGUGGACAAGCACCGGGGUCUGGUGGAGCUGCUCGACAAUGCUGUUGAAGGGCUGCUGGAGGUGGCCACCGAGGGCCACCAGGAGGUCAGGGAGGAGGCCACAGCUGUUGGCCGCAGGCUUGACUCCAUCGCCGAGGAGCUGCAGCAGAAGAAGGAGGCGCUGGAGACCCUGGCACAGGGGGUGAGGGAGUUCGGCGACACCCGCAAAGAGGCCGAGGCCCAGCUGGUGGGGGCCCGCAAGCAGUUGGAGGUGCAGGCAGGCCUCGGCACCCAGCUCUACAGUAACAAGAACCUGGCCAACAUGAAGGCCCAGCAGAGGGGCCUGGCCGACCUGCAGGCGCAGGUGGAGCACCUGAAGGACGUGGCCCAGGGGCUGGUGGUGGCCGUGCCCGAGGCGGAGGGGGUGACCGACCUCCUCCUGCAGGCCGACAGCCUGGAGAAGGAGUACGGCUCGGUCCGGCAGGAGGUGGAGGAGAAGUGCGCCGCCCUGGAGGGCAAACUGCAGGGGGUGGGCCGCUUCCAGAACGGCAUCCGCGAGAUGUUCGCCCGAUUCGCCGACCUGGACGACGAGCUGGACAGCAUGCCGGCGGUGGGCCGCGACCGGGACACCCUGCGGGGGCAGAGAGACGCCGUCGGGAGCUUCGUGACCAAGCUCCGCGGGCUUACGGACGAGGUGGCGGACGCUAACGCCCGCUGCAAGAAGAUGCUGGAGGCCGAGGCUUCGCCCGACCUGCCGGGGCUGAGGAGGGACCUGGAGACUCUGGGCAAGCAGUGCGGAAAGCUGCUGGACCGCGCCCGGUCCAGGGAGGAGCAGGUGGAGGGCACCCUCGCCCGCGUGGACGAGCUCUACGGCCAGCUCCAACGGUUUGACGAAAAACUGGGCGGAGCCGAGGAGCGGGAGGAGUCCCAGGGGCCUGUCGGCAUGGAGACGGAGGCCAUCAACCAACAGCUGGAAGCCUUUAAGGUCUUCCAGAAGGAAGAGAUCGAGCCACUCCAGGCCAUACUGCAGGACCUGAACUGGCUGGGCCAGGGGCUGGUGCAGAGCGCAGCCAAAAACACCAGCACUCAGAGCCUGGAACACGACCUGGAGAAUGUCAACACGAGAUGGAACACACUCAACAAAAAGAUUGCCGAGCGUUCGGCACAGCUACACGAAGCACUGUUGCAUUGUGGGAGGUUUCAGGAUGCACUGGAAUCCCUGCUCAGCUGGCUGACGGACACAGAAGAACUAGUCGCCAAUCAGAAGCCCCCCUCUGCUGAGUUCAAAGUUGUCAAGGCUCAGAUUCAAGAACAGAAACUGCUUCAGCGGCUCCUAGAUGACCGCAGGCCCACGGUGGAGCUGAUUAAGAAGGAGGGGGGUAAGAUGUCUGAGCUGGCGGAGCCGGCCGACAGGGAGAAGAUUGUGACGGAGAUCAGUGGCCUGGGACAGAGGUGGGACGCCCUGCUGAAGAAGGCUGAGAACAGGCACAAGCAGCUGGAGAGCACCUUGGGAGUGGCGCAGCAGUUCCAUGAAACCCUGGAGCCCCUGUCAGAGUGGCUCAGCGCCACCGAGAAGCGUCUGGCCAACGCCGAGCCCAUCGGCACCCAGACCAAAAAGCUGGAGGAGCAGAUCUCCCAGCACAAGUCCCUGGAGGCGGAGGUGGUAGAUUGCGGUAAAGACCUGCACCAGGCCGUGAGCCUGGGCCAGGCCCUGCGCUCCAUGAGCUGCAUGGAAGAUAGGGAGCUGGUCCAGGCCAAGCUGGACGCCGUCCAGACGGGCUACGUGGAGCUCCAGGCCUGGGGCCGGCGGCGGGCGGAGAUGCUGAGGCAGGCGCGCUCCAACGCCCGCCUCUUCGGCGAGGACGAGGUGGCCCUCAUGACCUGGCUGAGUGAGGUGCGCGACCGGCUGGCCGAGGUCUCCGUGCAGGACUACAGGACGGACGUGCUGGAGACACAGUGCGCCGAGCAGCUGGCUCUUCAUGAGGACAUUGAGCUCAGGAGGCAGAACGUGGACCAGGCCGUCUUCAACGGCAUGGAGCUGCUCAAACAGACUACAGGUGACGAGGUGGUGGUUGUCCAAGGGAAGCUGGAUGGAAUAAAGUCCAGGUACGCCGAGAUCAACUCCAUGAGCGGCAAGGUGUCCGCUACUCUGGAACAGGCGCUCUCCCUGGCCACCCGUCUCCAGAAUACCCACGAGGACCUGAACCAGUGGCUGGAAGGGGUGGAGUCCCAGCUGGACGCCUACACAGCACAGGCUCCAGUGGGAGAGCAGCUGACCCAGGCCCAGGAGAAGCAGAAGGAGCUGCUGAAGGAGGUGCGUGAGCGGAGGAGGCAGGUGGACAGCCUGAACGAGGUGAGCAGCAGCCUGCUGGAGCUGGUGCCCUGGAGGGUGCGGGAGGGCCUGGACAAGCUGGUGAGCGAGGACAACGAGCGCUACAAAAUGGCCGUCGACACCGCCACCCAGCACGUCCUCCAGAUCGACGCCGCCAUCCUGAAAUCACAGCAGUUUGAACAGGCGGCCGACGCGGAGCUCAGCUGGUUGUCCGAGGCGGAGAGGAAGCUGUCAUCGCUGGGGCGGAUCCGGCUGGAGCAGAACGAGACCGUGGCCCAGCUGCAGGCCCAGAAGGUCUUCUCCAUGGAUAUUCUGAGGCACAAGGACACUGUGGAUGACAUCGUGAGAACAGGCGAGGCCAUCUUGGAAAGCAAAGAUGCGGAGGAAAAGCAAGCUUUACAGGAGAAGAUCGGGUCGCUCCUGGAGAAGUACGGCGCGGUGAGCCAGCUGAACUCGGAGCGCUGCCUUCAGCUGGAGCGCGCCCAGUCACUGGCGGCACAGUUCUGGGAGACCCACGAGGAGCUGUGGCCCUGGCUUCAGGAGACCCGCACCAGCUUCAGCCAGCUUCCCUCGCCCGCCAUCGAGUACGACACGCUGAGGCAGCAGCAGGAGGAGCUGAGGCAAAUGCGAGAGCUGAUAGCCGAGCACAAGCCUCACAUCGACAAGAUGAACAAGACCGGCCCUCAGCUGCUGGAGCUCAGCCCUGAAGAGGGGCAGGGCAUCCUGGAGAAGUACACGGCCAGCGACCAGCUCUACGCCCAGCUGAAGGCCGACGUGAAGCAGAGGGCCACGACCCUGGAUGAGGCCCUGUCCAAAUCCACACAGUUUCACGAUAAGAUCGACCCCAUGCUGGAGUCCCUGGAGCGGAUCGUGGAGCGACUGCGGCAGCCCCCCUCCAUCAGCGUGGAGGUGGAGAAGAUCCGCGAGCAGGUCUCCGAGAACAAGGCCCUGUCCGUGGACCUGGAGAAACUGCAGCCAGGGUACGAGACGCUGAAGCAGCGUGGCCAGGAGAUGAUCGCUCGCUCCGAGGGGGCUGACAAGGACAUCUCCGCCAAAGCGGUCCAAGAUAAUCUGGAUCAGAUGGUGUUCCUGUGGAACGACAUCCAGUCUCUCCUGGAGGAGAGGGAGGCCAAGCUGCUGGACGUGAUGGACCUGGCGGAGAAGUUCUGGUGUGACCACGGUUCUCUCAUGGUCACCAUCAAGGACACCCAGGACCUCCUGAGAGAGGUUGAGGGGCCAGGAGUGGACCCCUCUGUGGUCAAACAGCAGCUGGAGACCAUGGAGAGUUUUAAGGAGGAGAUCGACGGGCUCCAGGAGGAGCUCGACGUGGUUCAGAACCUGGGGGCGGAGCUUAUGGCCGCCUGCGGGGAGCCUGACAAACCUGUGAUCAACAAGAGCAUCGAUGAGGUGAACUCGGCCUGGGAGACGCUGAAUAAGGCCUGGAAGGAGCGUGUGGACAAGCUGGAGGACGCCAUGCAGGCAGCGGUGCAGUUCCAGGAUGGCCUACAGGGCAUGUUCGACUGGCUGGAUAUCGUCGAGAGCAAGCUGGACUCCAUGUCACCCGUGGGCACCGACCUGGAGACUGUCAAACAGCAAAUCGAAGAGCUCAAGGAGUUCAAAGGCGAGGCCUACCAGCUGCAGAUUGAGAUGGAGCGACUCAACCACCAGGGAGGGCUGCUCCUGAAGAAGGCGGUGGAGGAAGCAGACAGGAGUGCCAUCCAGGAGCCCCUCUCCGAACUAAAAAUGCUCUGGGACAACCUGGAUGAGAAGACCAUCAACAGACAGCACAAGCUGGAGGGCGCUCUGCUGGCGCUGGGACAGUUCCAGCACGCCCUGGACGAGCUCCUGGCCUGGCUGACCCACACCGAGGACCUGCUCAACGAGCAGAGGAAGGCUGGCGGCGACCCCAAAGCCAUCGAGAUCGAGCUGGCCAAACACCACGUGCUGCAGAAUGACGUGCUGGCCCAUAAGAGCACGGUGGAGGCGGUGAACAAGGCGGGGAGCGACCUGAUGCAGUCCAGCGAGGGCGAGGAGGCCAGCAGCCUGCAGGGCAAGCUGGAGAACCUCAACCAGCGCUGGCAGAACAUUCUGGAGAAAACCAAGCUGAGGAGGCAGCAUCUGGACAGUGCCCUCCUCCAGGCCCAGGGUUUCCAUGGCGAAAUCGAAGACAUGCAGCAGUGGUUGAAAGACACGGAGCGUCAGCUGUUGGCAUCAAAGGCGGUUGGAGGCUUACCAGAAACAGCCCGCGAACAGCUUAACGCCCAUCUGGAGCUGUGCAGUGUGUUCCAGGCGAAGGAGGAGCUGUAUCACGACCUGAGGAGGCGGGGCCAGCAGCUCCUCAGCCUGGUCCAGGAGGGUCAGGACGCCAACACGGAGCAGGACCUCCGCAACCUGCAGGAGAAGUGGGAGAGCGUGCAGGCCAAGCUGGACGAGAGGAAGGUGAAAAUGGAGGAGGCGUUGACCCUUGCCACCGAGUUCCACAACUCCCUGCAGGACUUCAUCAACUGGCUGACCCAGGCAGAGCAGACACUCACCAUGGCCUCCUCCCCGUCUCUCAUACUGGAUACCACCAUGUUCCAGAUCGACGAGCACAAGGUGUUCGUGACGGAGGUGAACUCGCACCGCGAGCAGGUGAUCGAGCUGGACAAGACGGGGACGCACCUGAAGUACUUCAGUCAGAAGCAGGACGUGGUGCUGAUCAAGAACCUGCUGAUCAGCGUGCAGGGCCGCUGGGAGAAGGUGGUGCAGCGGUCGGUGGAGAGGGGGAGGGUGCUGGACGACGCCAGGAAGAGAGCCAAGCAGUUCAACGAAACCUGGAGCAAACUGAGCGAGUGGCUGGAUGAAUCGGAGAAGGCCCUGGACUCCGAGUUGGAAAUUGCCAACGAGCCCGACAAGAUCAAGAUGCAGCUGGCCCAGCACAAGGAGUUCCAGAAGGCCCUGGGGAGCAAGCACUCCGUGUACGACACCACCAGCCGCACGGGCCGUGCCCUGAAGGACAAGAGCAGCCUGGAGGACGACCACCAGCGUCUGGACGACAUGCUGAGCGAGCUGCGUGACAAGUGGGACACGGUCUGCGGCAAGUCUGUGGAGAGGCAAAACAAACUGGAGGAGGCGCUGCUGUUCUCAGGCCAGUUCACCGACGCCCUGCAGGCCCUGAUCGACUGGCUGUACCGGGUGGAGCCGCAGCUGGCCGAGGACCAGCCGGUGCACGGCGACAUCGACCUGGUGCUCAACCUCAUCGACAGCCACAAGGUCUUCCAGAAGGAGUUGGGGAAGAGGACGGCCAGCGUUCAGGCACUGAAGCGUUCAGCGCGGGAGCUGAUCGAUAACAGACAUGACGACUCUUCCUGGGUCAAAGUUCAGAUGCAGGAGCUGAGCACGCGCUGGGAAACCGUGUGCGCCCUCUCCGUUUCCAAACAGACGCGGUUGGAGCAGGCCCUGUGUCAGGCGGAGGAGUUCCACUCCACCGUGCACAUCCUGCUGGAGUGGCUGGCCGAGGCGGAACAGAGCCUGCGUUUCCACGGCGCCCUGCCCGACGACGAGGAAGCCCUGCGGGCGCUCAUCGAGCAGCACAAGGAGUUUAUGAAGAAGCUGGAGGAGAAGAGAGGUGCUCUAACCAAAGCCACCAGUAUGGGGGAGGCUAUCCUGACCAUCUGUCACCCUGACUCCAUCACCACCAUCAAGCACUGGAACACCAUCAUUAAAGCGCGCUUCGAAGAGGUCCAGACAUGGGCGCGGCAGCACCUGCAGAGGCUGGGCGGGGCCCUGUCGGAGCUCCUGGCCACACUGGACCUCCUGGAGAACCUUCUGGGCUGGUUGCAGUGGGCCGAGACCACCCUCAACCAGAAGGACAAGGACACCCUCCCUCAGGAGAUAGACGAGGUCAAGGCCCUCAUCGCCGAACACCAGACCUUUAUGGAGGAAAUGACCAGGAAACAACCCGAUGUGGACACAAUCACCAAGACGCACAAGAGGAAGGCCACGACCGAGACCCCGAUUCAGUCUCACAUCCCCAUCCUGGAGAAAGGGCGCACAGCAAGGAAGCGGUCUCCCACGCAGAGAAUGUACCAGGCGGCCGCCCAGCCGCAGAUUGAAACCAAGAACCCGCGGGUGAACCUGCUGGUCAGCAAGUGGCAGCAGGUGUGGCUCCUGGCUCUGGACCGACGACGGAAGCUCAACGAUGCGCUGGACCGUCUGGAAGAGUUGAAAGAGUUUGCCAACUUUGACUUUGACGUGUGGAGAAAGCGCUACAUGCGCUGGAUGAACCACAAGAAGUCUCGGGUCAUGGACUUCUUCCGCCGCAUCGACAAGGACCAGGACGGGAAGGUGACCCGGCAGGAGUUCAUCGACGGCAUCCUGUCCUCCAAGUUCCCCACCAGCAGGCUGGAGAUGAGCGCCGUGGCGGACAUCUUCGACCGCGACGGAGACGGCUACAUCGACUACUACGAGUUCGUUGCGGCUCUCCACCCCAACAAGGACGCGUACAAGCCGCUUACAGACGCGGACAAAAUUGAAGACGAGGUGACUCGCCAAGUGGCCAAAUGCAAAUGUCCCAAGCGGUUCCAGGUGGAGCAAAUCGGUGCCAACAAAUAUCGGUUCUACCUUGGAAACCAGUUCGGGGACUCGCAGCAGCUGCGGCUGGUGCGUAUCCUGCGCAGCACCGUCAUGGUCCGGGUCGGGGGCGGCUGGAUGGCGCUCGACGAGUUCCUGGUGAAGAACGACCCGUGCAGAGUUCACCACCACGGGAGUAAAAUGUUGCGCUCGGAAUCAAACUCUUCGAUUACUCAGUCUCCUAUAGGUUGGCAACUCUCACACUUUCUCUCCCUGCUCCAUCCUGGUGCUAAGGGCCGGACCAACAUGGAGCUGAGGGAGAAGUUCAUUCUCCCAGAAGGCACCACCCAGGUGAUGGCCAGCUUCCGUUACAGGGGUCACAGGUCGCGGCCCUCGUCUCGAGCCGCCUCCCCCAACCGCUCCAACUCCAGCCUGAGCUGUCCGGCGCAUCAAAACCCGGCGGCCACCAGUACACCCAAGACAUCCCAACAUUUGACCCGCAAUUAUGAUAAACCCUGGCUGACAAACAGCAAACCCUGCUCUCCUCUAAAGUCCUCAGACUCCUUUGAAAGCCAGGGCUCGUCCUCAGAGACCACGCCCAUACAGGGCAGCAAGCUCCGCCUUCCCGGCUAUCUCUCGGGGAAGGGCUUCCAGUCCGGAGAGGAGGGCACCCUCAUAUCUGCCGCGGUGACGAAAGCCAGGUCACAGGUCAUAGAGUCGAAGAAGACGCCCAGCCGACCCGGAAGCAAAGCAGGCAGCCGUGGGAGCAGCAGGCGGGGCAGCGACGCCUCCGACUUCGACAUCUCUGACAUCCAAUCGGUGUGCUCCGACACGUCCGAGGCCCCGGCCGAUUCCGCGCGCGAGAGACCCCGGGCGUCGUCCCGCCCGCACGGCGGCAAGCCCUCCAAAAUCCCCACGCCGCAGAGGAGGCCCCUGGGCACCAGCAAACUGGCAAAGACCUCCAAGAGAUAGUCAGGGGCUCGGCUCACCUCCGCCCAAACAGACACGGAAACUACAUGUGCAUUCGUUAUCUUAAGUCGUGAGAUGUAAAAUAUUCUGUAGAAAAAAAAAAAAGAUGAAGAUUGUUUUAAUAUUGAGCGAGGUUGGAAUGCUUGAUGGCCUUGUGUAAUUGUCUUGUAUUUUAUUUCUUGUGAAUAAUGUUAUCAGAUUAUAAUUGUUAUUAUUUUAUUUUAUUUUAUUUUACUGAUGCCAUACCUGAAAAGGUUCGCGAAAUUUCAAAAAAAGCAAAAAAAAAAAAAAGCAAUGGAAAGACUUUGCGUUGUAAGAUAAACUAAUGGUUUAACACACUAAUGUAACGGUCACACUAUGUUUUAAUCGAUGUGGAAGGGUUGCUGAAUGUACUGUCGUUUUCUGGAAACUGACCUGCGAUGUGGAGUAAAGCAUAUCACUGCUCUAGAGCGAGAGGAACUGUUAUUUGUAUAUAAAUAUUUAAAGUGCAAUGAAGUGCUGCCAAAAUGCAUUAAAAUGGCAAUACAAUACACUAAAUGCCGAACACUAUGUUUCUAGCCUAAUUUAAACCAUGAUAAUAAGGAACUCAAUACUGCAGAUAAUUAAAUUAUUAUUAAUGAACAAGGCCUUGAACUCGUAGCUAUUUAACCUCAGCACCUGCGAUUAGUGUUAUGAUUAAUUAUCUUACAGCGAUGUGUGCCAUUUUAUUUGGACAGGCGCCAUUUUGCCUCCUACUAGUGGACAUUCUAAAGUGCAUUCAUGUCAAUGUAUGGUUCAUUUUGCUAGAGUGGACAGGAACACUGUAACUCCUUUUGUAAUAAACAUGCUUGCGGAAAGCUACAAUGGUAUACUGAA